AAAUUUCGCUAAUUAUGAUAGGCACGCUUAAAGUUAAAGCUUGAACUCUAAAAAAUAUAAUUCUCUCAGCAUAAUCCCUUCUCCCUCAUAUUGGCAAUUUAGGGUUCGCUUCUCUCCCCUGAAAUGGCCGAUUCUCCUCUUAAAAGGUAUUCCCGCUCUCCUUCACCUUGGGAAGAAAAGUCAAGAUCUCGCUCUCGAUCAAGGUCUAGAUCCCCAUUUAGAUCAAGGUCAAGGCCAAGAGGAAGAUCCAGGUCCAGAAGUCAUGGAAGGGCUGACGAUUCUAAUCCCGGAAACACACUAUAUGUGACUGGAUUAUCUACAAGGGUCACUGAUAGGGAUCUUGAGGAGCAUUUCUCAAAGGAGGGAAAGGUGAAGUCAGUUUUUCUGGUUAUGGAGCCCCGUACUCGCAUCUCUCGUGGUUUUGCUUUCAUAACAAUGGAUAGUCUUGAGGAUGCUAAUCGCUGCAUUAAGAACCUUAAUCAGUCCGUCCUUGAAGGCCGGUACAUAACAGUGGAGAAGUCUCGUAGAAAACGCCCAAGGACUCCAACACCUGGUCAUUAUCUUGGGCUUCAGAGCGGAAGGGGUGAUGGUUUUCGUGGUGAUCGUGGUAGGUAUCGUGGCCGUGAUGACUAUGGGCACCGAAGAUCUCCAAGGCGCUCUCCAUAUAGAGGUCGACGAGAUUAUUCUCCUAGACGCUCACCUUAUGCUGAAGGUCGAGACGUGCGCGAUCCCGGUCAUAUUCUCCUUAUGAAAGGAACUACCCUCGUGGUUAUAGAUAGGGGUUUCACAAGGCAUAUGUGGUUCCCUCUCUAGCUAUGAAAACUGCUUGUAAGGAUCUAUAAGUUUGGUGUGGACUAGUCUUCAUGUUGUAAGGUGUUAAAGAGUACCGGUUAAUGAAUGUAUGUCUGUGUGUCGUCACCUAUCACUAUGUUUAGUAUAUACCUUGUAUGUGGAUAAAGCUGUAACCCUUCUGAAGCUUUAAAUAGGCAUUAUGCCAUUCCAUGUUAUGAUGUAUCCACUCUCCUUCACUGCA